GUACCAGUCAACACAGUCCGUUCAGAGCGUAUCUUCACUUUACGUCAUUCCUAGCCAGUGUGGUUGUAUGUCUAUCGGAAGAAAAAAAAAUUAGCUCAGGCAGUGCCUGUCUUGCUGUUCAGUGAACGGUAGUUGUCUGUGACUAGACUCAUCGGUCUCCUCGACAUCUCGCCAUUGUGUAGAGCUCCACGGCUAUUUUGGAGAACCGCGGCGGGGAAAUGAAAGUAUAGACGUCGACGGCGAAGAGUUCGAUGUCCCGUGUUCCUCGUUGUAGAUCCUCUGUUCUUGGCGUCACAUUGACCCCGAUGCAGGAUUUGAAACCCUUGCUGGAACUACAUGUGGUAAGUUUAUGAUUGCGUUGCCUUUACCACUUAUUUAAACACGAUUCAACGUGGAAUAAUUAUGCGUUGAUUUACGUAUCAAUGAAUUAUUAGCCGUUAUUUACCUGUUUGCCAUUUUUUAUAAAAAGCAUUUUGUCGCAUUUUAUUGUUGCUGUGUCUUGAGUCGAGAGAGAGAGCGCCGCCGUCUGAGUGGCUUUUUUGUUACGUUUUGCUACUUGUCUGUUAUAAUGUUGCAACUGUUACAUUAUCGCAUGUGGAAGGAGGCCCUAAUGUUCGAAACGAGAACGUAAUAUUGUUAUUAAGUCUCCAGUUCAGUGAAGAGCCGACUGAGUACUUUGUGGCAGGUGGCGGUGAGUAGGCUAUGGCGCCCCCAUCACAGCCAUAGGCUAUCUGUGGCGUUUGCCUUUGGAGGUCAAGGGCAGCUGUUGUGACAGCUACAGUGAUACGUCAGUGACAGUUCAUACAGUGAAUUGAUCAAGCAUGCGUUUUGGCAUUACAGAAAACCCAAACCAUUAAAUUAAAAAUAUUUAUCAAUAAAUAAAGUCGUUGUUAGUCGGCUAGUCAUCCAUACAAUUUCCCGCAGUGUUAAUGCUCCAGUAGUGGGAAUGUCUGCUUCUUUUUUCCUGUAGUCCGUCUGCCUGUUGAAUAAUGUUUUUCUGACAUUUGAAAAAGCAAGUGACACCCACGCGACUUCGUUUCGUUCUAAAUGCUAGAGCCAUGUCAUAUCAACAGUGAUCAUAGGGCCUAGGCUACAAAACAACUUUUUGGUGUCAUGUAAGUCGUUGAGGGAGUGGGAGGAGGAGCUUCACACCAAUAUAACUUUGUACACUGAAAACGUUGCUGUUCAUUUGGGCCCCAGUACAAUUGCUACUUUGUAAGUACAGGAGCAUUAUGUAAUGGUGCAUGUUUUUACAUUUGAGACCUGCCCAUAGCUUUGUCGUGACUCAUCAGAUAUUGACUUGGUCAUCAAGUUCUGAUUUGUUUGAGUGACUCAUUGUCACCUUUUACAUGAAGAUGAUGAGCCAUAGUUCCUGGAAGCCAAACUAGUAGUUUAGAAAAUAGAAACCUACAUGCCUUUUCAAACUGUUCAGGCUAAAAGUUCAUGAGGACGCCAUACUUAUAUAGACUUGACUGGGAGAAUGGGGCCUCUGAAUGAAUCUGAUACAGCCCUCUGUCUUUGUUUUGUAAAGCUUUUAACUACUGCUGUUCAGAUUUCCAAAUAGUUUAGCACUGGUUCAGAGAUGUGGGUGGCAAAAAGGGCUAGUUCUGGCUGCUGCCUUGUAGGAACCUAACAGUGCAAAGUGUUAUUUGCAUUUCAACUGCAGGGCUGAGUGCCAUUCAUAUUUGCGCAGGGAAAUAUGGAUGUUUUCUAUUUUUUUUGUAGAGUUCCGUUGCAUGCAUUGGAAAUGAUUAUACCGCAAUUCAACUCUGAGGCCUAAUGGAACAUUUCCUUCAUUUGUUUUAAUAAUGAUGUUAAAGAUUUAUGAAUUGCCCAUCAAAACACCAAAUAAUUGGAUUGAGGCAUUAAUAAAAUAUGAAAAAGAAUAGUAUGAAACCCACCAAAGGGCUACCAACAUGCAACGAACAACCACAAGGAAUCUGCCCAGAUUUACGGUAGACACACAGUCCACACUACUACCAGACUCGGAGCAUUCCAUCUCCGUGACUGAAGUCCACCUUUGCUUCCUUGACUCUGUCUGCUCUGGUUUCCAGUAAACACAGUUUGUUCCUCUUUUUAUUUUUCUUCUAAUAUGCGAGCAGGAGGGCUGAAGUUCACCUAAAUAUUUCAGCCAAAUUGGCUCCAAAAUCCCCCUCUUGGUGAUCAAUCAAAAUAACUCUCUGUAACUCUGCCUCUCUUCCAAACAAGGUCUGUCCAAAAUGGCACCCUAUCCCCUAUAUAGUACAAUACUUUUGUCCAGGGCCCUGGUCUAAAGUAGUGCACUGUAUAGGGUGCCGUUUCAGACGCAGUCUGAGUCUCUUCCAAACAAUCCCAGUAAAUCAGUGCUACAAGCAUCCACUUGCCUGCUGGAGAAACCUGGGCAAACAACCCUAAUGCCAGGCCAGCCCAGCUUCUGAGUGUGGUUUCUCGCAUGACCAGAGCCCAACAGUGAACCUUGUCUUUCAACCUGGCAUACAAUUAUUCUCUUCCAGGAACCUUUUGGGCAAAAUCAAGACCGAAAAUACUUGCAUGCUGAAUAUGUGUUUAACUUUUACUGCAGUCUUGAAGGACUUGGAUGUCUGGAAGAACUUGAAAGAAAUAGUGUGGAAAAUAGAAUGAUUAGGCUUGUUGAUGAAUGAAAUCUCAGGUGCAGGCUGCACUGUGUGCCAUUGAGAAAAGUGCAGGAUCUGGAAUUGCUCUUCCAGCCUAAGUGUGCACUGCAGAGUUGGUAUUGGAAAUUGGUGUACAACCGAGACCCUCCUCAGGAUGACGAUGCCUGCUGAGUAUGUGAGGCAUGCAGCUGCCUGCUACCACCCUAAAAAAAUAAAUAAUUCCAAUGACAUUUUGACCUUGUCCCAGAUGGGGCUCUACAAAUCCCUGGCACUUCAUGGAAGUACACGCUGAAAUAACAUUACUGAAUAAUUAUCAAUAACAUGCGUACGGAUUCUGGGUCGUAUUCACUAGGAAGCAAACGGGGAGGGACUGCCUGAACUUGUCCAAUAAGAAACUCCUGUUUUCGUUUUUUCCGUUAAAACAUGUUGCACUACGGUGUGCACUAAUGAAUACGACCCUGGUGUAUCGGAACAGAGAGCUCUUGGAGAACCGAGAAGUUCAUGUCGGGACAUGAGUUUUUAAAGUGGUCAUGUGCUCGAGGGGUGGACAUUGGGACGAGGCAAUCUGAGUGUAAUCUGAGUGCCAUCGCUGUAAGCCUGCUGCGAGUAUGGAGUGAAAGAAAGCAUUCUGUGUGGCCGGAAUGCUGUUGUAAUUGGACACUUUUGUGUUGUUUUGUCAACGGAAGGUGUGUCUAUUACUAUAUUGCUGCUCUAUUGUUUUCUCUAUAUCUCAAAAACACUCUCCCUUUCACUUUCCUUUCCUCUCUUUCUCUUUGUCACCCUGUUUUUCCCCGUCACCCACAAUCCCCUGUCAGUCUUCUCUAUUCUCAGUCUCUCUCCAUCUCGCACCAGUCUUCAGACAGUGUCAGCAGAUGGCAGCCUCGAAGGGCCCCACGUGUGAAAAGAAUAAGUGAACAGAGCACAGAGCAGGGGUGGAAGAGGGGGCUGAUGAAUAAUUUUACUGAGUGGGGGAGGUAUGUGGAGGCAUAGUAUUUGCAGCGAGGGAACUACUACAAAAUGUAGCCUACCUACAUCAAAGUAGUGCACUGGUGAGUAGGGGACCAUUUGGGAUGCACUCCAUAUGUGCACUGCACACACACAACUUGCUCUCUCACCUCCACUUCCAUAUCCAAGCAGCAGCACCAGCUGCAAUAGUGAUGGCAGCCUGAGUGGAGAAACAAUUAGGUUCUUUCCUCCCUCCCUCGCUUGUCCCUCCUUCCUACCUCAUCCGUCCCUCCUCCCUCUCUCUCUGGAUUCCCAGCUGACUGUAUUCGUCAUGGUAACAGGCGAGUGUGGAGGUAGCUUUCCCCAGCCACGCGCAGCCACGGGGUUUGGUGUGCUCACAGUGUUCAGAGUCCAAUUGGCGUGUGUGUCUCUAAGCAAAGCUGAGACACACACUCUCACUCACUCUCACACGCACAGCAAUGUGCUCUACAAGAACACGGUUUGGAAAUGCGAUAGUGAAUCUCUUUUCCUCUGGCUUUCAUGCUGGUAGCAUACGUUACACAACCGACUGAAAGGGGCGAGUCUCUCGCAGGCUGUGUGCAGUAGUUUAUGUAUCAGGGUAGAGUUACACGUGCCAGGGAGACAAUGCACUGCAAGAGAGGUGUGCUCUGUGCUCCAUCUUAGGUGACAGUUUAGGAGGCGUUCUAGUGCCUAGUGCACAGUUCCCAAACUAGGGGUCCCUGAUAUGAAAAUAGGGUCGUGGGAGAAUUUCCCAAAUCCUGAAAAAAAUCCUGUAAAAAAUAAAUAAUAUAUUAUGAUAUUGUCUUUAUCUCAAUCAUUGUAAUGUAGUUUACCUUAAAAUCUAAAUGAAAAUUAUUCAAAUCUAAAAGAUACAAUUCAACCAGAGAACGCCGCACUUGGUCGUUGCACUUGAAUCAUUCCACGGUGAAUGGCUUGGCCCGCUACGCUAUGAAACCACACACUACUGCAGACUUUGAUAUAACCGGCCGCAUUUGAUAUGGUGAAAACAGUGUGUGAGGGCCGAGAUGCCCAUGCAUUGACUUUUGGUGUGUCGGGGGAUGCUAUUCACAAGGACAUAUUGUUCUGUCUCAUGAUUCCCAAGCAUGAAACAUCACAGGGGAUGUUCAGUGUGCUGCGUGGCUAAAUUGACGAAAAACAGAUUCCAUGGGAUCGAAUGAUGGACUUUUGCACAGAUGGGGGCUCCAUCUCUGCACUCUAGUUAUGAAUGUGUCUCCCUCUGCCAUAUGGACGCAUUGUAUUAUACACCGAGAGCAACUGGCGGCAAAAGAGCUGAGCACAGAACUCAGAGAUAUACUUACUGUAGCAGGUAACUUCAAUUGUAAACUACAUCAAACCACAUCCACUGCACGCAGGCCUGUUCACAAAACUAUGUGGAGAUAUGACAAUGUUCUAUUUCACACCAAGGCUUGGUGGUUAUCGAGGAGGAGUGUUGGAAAGAUUAUUUCGCAUUGAGAGAGGAACUGUUGUCAUUCACAAUGGAUGUAAAAAAUAAAAAAGACUUGGUUGAUGAAAAGAAAAUGUCUCCUUGCCUAUGUAACAGGCAUAUUUGGGAAACUGAAUGAACUAAACACAAGCGUGCAGGGGAAAUACAAAAGCAUUCUACAGAUAAGUGACCAAAAUCAGUGGAUUCAGAUAAAAUAAUUAUUUUUGGAGAGCGAGUCUUUCAAAAGUGGGGGAGGGGGGGGGCAUGUAUUUGAACGGUCAUCCAUCUCGGAAUUCCAACUCGGGCCUCUUUCUAGAGCGCCGACUGUCCGACCUGAAGAUCACUGACGUCAUGAUUUCACCUCCAUAUUUCUCAGAGUUCCCAGUUGUCUUGAAAGCGCCAUCAGUGGUCUCGUCUGCAUUAAAACCAAAUGUCGAUCCAGGUUGGAUGUGACUGCAGAGAUGAGGUGCGACCACGGCCCCCUGACUUUGAGAAGCUCUGAUGCAACAUGCCUUAAGCACACCCAUCUCAUUAGUGGUGGUGAGAAGAUGCAUUAUGUCAGACAAAUUAUCAACUGACUGUCAUAGCCCUACAUUAAAAGUAUGUGAUGGUGAGUUGAGAAGACAAUCAGAAAUACUGUGAGAAUGUUUUUCAAUUGAUUGCCAUAGCCCUAAAUAAAUAAAAAGUAAACAUUGGCUGUUAAUUACACUGUUUUUCCCCCAAAUGGUUGGGAUCGCGAGAAUUCUCAGACAUCAAAAUGAGGUGGUGGGCCAAAAAAGUUUGGGAACCCUAGCCUAGUGUGUAUGAUACUGUAGAGUAUAUUUUUCCUUCGUUGUUUUCUGACCUCUUUAUCUGUUUCUCAUCUCAGAAAGACAGGCUGACAAGAAAUAAGGGAGGUGAGUGAAUGAGUUGGAAUGGAUAUGACAAAACUCCACCUCGAUCUGCCAAGAUCAUAAUUAUCUAUACAUUUUACUCCUUUCCUACCUAGAAGGGGGCCCGGUUAUGUUGUGCUGUGUGUCUGUAAAUGUCAAUAAAUGUAUACAAAAAAUAAAGAAUAAUAAUAUAGACGAUCCCGCAGGUGAAGAAGCCGGAUGCGGAGGUCCUGGGCUGGCGUGGUUGGAUGUACUGAUUAUCUUGGCAAAGGAGAAAUGGUCACUAACAGAUGUAAACAAAUUUGUGCACAAAAUUGGAGAGAAGUAAGCUUUUUGUGCGUAUGGAACAUUUCGGGGAUCUUUUAUUUCAGCUCAUGAAACAUGGGACCAAGACUUUAUAUCUUUCUGUAAGCCCAAAUGUGACCAUUUUGAACGCGUAAAUCGAUAAAACAGCAGGCCCAUUUCUGCCUGUUUUCUGUGCUGUGUCCGGGCAGGAAGUCAGUAGUUUCCUGUGCUGACACGUCUGUUAGCGCCGUGUUCUGAUUGAGUCAGGUGGUUCAGUUGGGAGCUUGGGUGCGUCCCAAAUGGCAUCCUAUUCCCUAUUUAGUGCACUACUUUUGACCAGGGCCCAUAGAGCUGUGGUCAAAGGUAGUGCACUAUAUAGGGAAUGGGGUGCCAUUUGGGACGCUUCCACUUUGUCAGAACUUGCUGCCACCCACCUAGUCAGCUGACGCCGCCUCACAUGUGAGCUGGUCAGCUGACACCAAAACCCCCUCCUGGCAUCCCCCCCCCCCCCCAAUACGCUGUGACGCUGUGCGGGUGUGUUCGCUGCUUGCUCGUCUCAUUUCUUGUCACUGUUUGCGAGGAAGCCCCUCUGUUUCCAGGAAACUCGUGUUGUUUGAGUGAGAAGUGGAUGUUUUCCGCUUGUUGUAUUGCUGAUAAAACUAUGAACGAGGGCUUUUCCCCCUCACAGAUGUUUGUUAAUUUUAAACACUCGUAUCACAUACAAGUGUAACUGGCAUCUAUCUCACUUGGUUUUGAUGUGGUACGUCUCUAGCAGUCAUUCUUUCACGUAGCUAUGCCUCACUGACUACCACUUUCACAUAUGAAGAAACAUUUUCAAUGUUUUGCUCCUGACACCUUGUUUCUGGUCUCUCCCACAGAUAUAUGUUUGGUAACGGCGUGAAGCGCAAACUGGAUGAGGACGGCCUGGAGGAGGGCAAGGCGCUCCUCACGUCAGCGGCCGGAGCCCCGGGCAGCCACUCGAGGGUUAACUACACGCUGCAGCGCCAGACGGUGCUAAACAUCUCCCUGAUGAAGCUGUAUGGGCCGUCGCGGACGCCCGCCACCGAGCCAGCCCUGCAGCGCCGCGUGCUCAUCAACAACGUCAUCCGCCGCAUCCAGCACGAGUUCAAAGAGGAGGGCGGCGCGGGGCUGCGCGCACUCUUCUUCUCCGUCCCGCCGCCGGUGCCGAACGCCACCGAGGACGAGGGCUACCACGAAGCUCCGUCAUCCGCGUUUGGCGGCGUUCUCUCCCCGCCCCUCUCGCCGCUGUCAUCGCUGGACUCUGGUUUGACCCCGGCCUCGCUCCUGGAGGACGACCCGCCACUGUUCUUCGCCUUGCCGCCGUCCUCACCCCACCCCCUGGGUCACCACCCUCUAUCCCCGAGACCGUCAGCGCCUCCCCCGCCGCCCGCCAAGGACAGCUUCUCCUCAGCUUUGGAGGAGAUCGAGGAGCUGUGCCCCAUCGCAGUGACAACCUCUACUACCUCCUCCCUGCCUUUGUCUCCUCCACCUUCACCCCAGCCCCCACCCUCUCUACCAGCAGGGAUGGACGUGAAAGAGGAAGGGAGGACAUACAGCCCAAAGGACAAGGAGUCGCUCUUGCUCAUCGAAAGCCAGGCUGCAAAAACCAUGUCGGCAGACCCGCUCCCCCCGCCCAGCGCCCCCACAGACAUGUCGCCCUCCUCCGGGGGAUUCCUCACUGACUUUGCCCUGGACGACAUUCUGUUCACGGACAUCGACACCUCCAUGUAUGACUUUAACCACCCCUGCGGCGCCUCUUCAAUACCCCCGAACAUGGGGGUGUCCAAAACGAACCCCAUGGUCACUGCGGACGACCUGGUCAAGACUCUAUCCAGCUACAGUGGGGGAGGGGCGGGCUCUCCCCCUCUGGCCCAAAACCAGCCCUUCAAAAUGGACCUGGCCGAGCUCGACCACAUCAUGGAAGUCCUGGUGGGGUCUUGACUGACAUCGGGGUCGUGUUCAAUAGGCACAAAACGGAAGAAAACUGAGUGAAACGGCAAGGUGCUUGUCCAAUAAGAAAUGCUCAUUUAUGAUAUCUGUUGCGAAGCGUUUUGCUAUGGUGUGCCCUAAUGAACACGAACAACCGGAUAAAAAGUGCCGUAGGCGAAAUGUUCAUUGUUUAUUUUAUUUUUUGGGUCCGGAAAUUGUAAAAUGUAA